GAGAUUGGAAAGUGAAUAAGAAUAUACGUGAAGAAGGCGAGAUAAGCAAACGGCAAAACGUGAGACUGUGUGCGUCCUCCGUCUCCUCGCACCUAAGUGGAGCGCACUUAAAAAAUAUUUUGUGGAUGGAGUGGAAUAACAAUAAAUAACAAAUAAUCAAAUGCAUAAGCAGAAAAUGCUAAAAAGCUACAAAGAGAGCCCAAAGUGAUAAAUAGCGAACGGUGAAAAGCACGCGUUUUCCGCUUUUCCAGCAGCCGUGUGCCAAUUCGUUUUGCACAUUUCAAGCAGCCGGAUAUUGUGGAGGCAAUGGAAAGCGAAAACAUGUGUGCAUGUGUGUCGCUGGGAUAACGGCGAAAAAGGCGAAAGAGGAGCUAGUGAAUUAGCGAAAAACUUGAGCUGAGAUCCAAAAAUCGGAUCUUAAGUUUGAGGAGGACAAAAAGAGAGAGAGACGAAGCAAAAGUUAUUCACAUACACACAAAUACACAUACAAGCGCGACACACGCUCUCCCGUGUAAAACCAAUACAACAACAAAAAAACAACAACAUGCAAUAUUUGCAAAGUAGUUAAAUAAUUCUGCCCUGUCUGCGCUUUAUUUCCUUCUUCAUUUCGGUUCUUCUGGUUUUUUUUUGUUUAAUUUCAACAAGUUUCUGUUUCUCGCUUUUCCCUUACACACACACAAUCGCACUGUUCUUUUUUCGUUACUACUUCAAAACAACAAAAACACACGGCACACGAACACUAAAAACACCAACACCAAUACAACGUCUCGUGUGACGUGCGAGCGCAGAAAUUGUCGUCUUUAGAUUUUGUUUGUGCACUUUUCGCCAUUUCCCUUUGUGUUCCGUUGUUCGCGGAAGAGGAGGGGCAGAAGGAAUAAGGAGAGUGGCCGAGAAGCACCUGCGAAAAAGCGGCACGAGAUCGCCAGAAAAGCAGAAAAUCGCAAGAAGCAAAAGCGACCGGCUCCCCACUCAUACUCAAACAAAGCACACACACACAUAUCCAACACUUGUUGCAGCGGAAGAGGAGAAGGGGCAAGAGGGCGAUAAGAAGGGUAGACAAAGGAGAGAGACGAGGAGGAGCAGGAGAACAAGUGCCUAAGAAAAAAACAUCGCCCAUCUGCUAUCAGCGAAUACCACUGCAAACAUGGUCAAGGAGAAGCCCAACUCGACUCGUAUCUACGACAAGGAUGGAUUUAGGCGGCGAGCUGCUUGUAUUUGUGUGAAAUCGGAAAAUGAGGCGGAGGUGCUCUUGGUAACCUCCUCUCGUCGUCCGGAGCUAUGGAUAGUUCCAGGAGGUGGCGUUGAACCCGAAGAGGAACCCUCAGUGACGGCAGUACGCGAAGUUCUUGAAGAAGCCGGUGUUGUUGGCGAUUUGGGUCGUUGUCUAGGUGUUUUUGAGAACAACGACCACAUGCAUCGUACUGAGGUGUUCGUGAUGAACGUGACCCAGGAACUGGACGAAUGGGAGGACUCGCGGAGCAUCGGCCGAAAGCGUCAGUGGUUUACCAUCGAUGAUGCAUUGUCGCAGCUUGCACUGCACAAGCCGACGCAGCAACAUUAUCUGAUGCAGUUGCAGCACUCGAAGACACUGGACAACACGAAUCGCGUGGUUAACGCCACGCAUCCGCCCAAGUUGACCAAUACCGCCACUCCAGCCGCAUCGCCUACAACGGCAUAAAGACAUCGGAAUGCAGAAAGCAGGAAGAGGAAACCACACAUGCACACCACACUUAACCCCGAAACUAAUCCAACACACUAACUCUAACCCCCAUAUACAUUUUGACAUUUUGCAAAUUUACAAAUAGACAGGCAGUCUUCUAGAUUAUGUUGAUUAAGCAAUACUUAUUUCCCCGCAUCCCCACACAUAGACCCAUUUGCGUUUAAGUUUAAGUCAAAGCGUUCAUUUAUGUCUUUAGUAAUUGUAUGAGAACUAAAUUUAUGUGUUUACUCCAGAGCGAGUGAAAAGGAGGUGAAGAAAACAAAAACGCUACUCGAUCAAUGCUAAGCGAUAACUUAUAUUAUUCGAGAUCUAUAUAACACAACACAGAUGAAAACGGAAACAAAAACCAACAUGUAAUAAUUUUUGAGCGAAUAGCACUUUUUGCAAACACGAAAAAGAAACUAAAACUAGAUGAACUAAACAACAAAAUCCAGAUGUAACGAUAUCUAUUAGAUUUUUCUACUCUUUUUUAUAAUUUACUCAAAAGGCAUCUUAAUUGAUUAUUGUAACAAACAAACCAAUUGGAAUCGGCUUUUAAGAGCGUAAAGAAGAUCUUAAUUAACUAUGCUAAGCGGCCUAAACAAUAAAUCGAAACCUAUUUAAGCGAUGACUAACAAAACGAUUUCGUUUUGAAUCUAACCUUGAAGUCAAGCAAGGAUCAUUUUUCAAAAGAAAUCUGGACUCUAAACUUUAGACUCUCUGACGGACGGACAUAAGACUCAAGAAAAAUCAUUAAAAACCCUUAAUAUAAUUAACAACAGUUGCCUAUGCAAGAAAUAAAACCCACUGCAGGGGAAAUAUAAAGAUAAACGUUAACUUAUUGUAAAAACAAAAUGCGAGAAAUUAGAGAAGCCAGCAAACAAACAUAUUAUGAACUAAUUCAACUACUAAAUAUGUGCACGUUGUACUUUUCAGAAACAAAAAAAAAAUAACAAUAAUUACGAUUAUAAUAUUAACACAGCUAAGGAGAGAAGCAUGUUUUCAAUGUGAUUUAAGAGAUACAAGAUACAUACGAGUUGAACAAUUUUAUGUGACAUUUUUUCGAUGAUUUUUUGGCACUUCAAAAGCGCGCAACAAACGAAAUUUUAAUUCAAGCUCAAUGGAAGCAAAGUCUGGCAGUUGAAUCUAUGAUUUUAUCAAUCUAUCAAUUGAACUUUAGUUGCAAACUAAAGCCGGCAAACGAACUUUAUCGGAUCGCUAAAUUAUAUCACAAAUUGUUGCAAUUAAAUGAUGAUUUACAACCAAUAAAGAAGAAAACAAACAAA